CAAACAAAACAACAAACGGUGGUGAGCUUUAACUAAAAAAAAACAAACGGUGGUGAGUGAGUGGACUUGGGAGAAGAAGAUGGAAGAUAGACAGUAGUAUCAUCUAUGGCUCUUGUGAAUUUCCAGUACUCCUUUUUCCUACUCGUUUUCGUCGCCAUCCUUGUGAUCCCAAGCAAGUGCUAUAGUGAAUCCCACAAACCCAGAUCACGAUCGGCCUUGUUCGUGUUCGGAGACUCGCUCUUCGAUCCAGGGAAUAACCAGUAUAUCAAUGGCAGCAGACCAAGUCCAACCAACAACUGGCCCUAUGGAGAAACCUACUUCAAGCACCCCACUGGACGAAUUUGCGAUGGCCGUAUAGUCCCCGAUUUCAUUGCAUUGUUUGCGAAGGUGCCAAUUCUUCCACCAUAUUUACAGCCUGGGGACCACAAUUUUACCGAUGGGUCCAACUUCGCGUCUGGUGGUGCUGGAGUUCUUGAUUCUACACAUCCUGGAACGAUAUACCUAAAUCUGCAGCUAAGGUAUUUCAAGAAUGUGGACAAGUGGUUGAGGCAGAAACUAGGAGAUGUAGAGGCCAAGAAGGUGCUUACGAGAGCUGUUUACUUGUUCAGCAUUGGAGGCAACGACUACUUUAGCCUUUCCAUGGAAAACCCCAAUGCACCUGCAUCCUACCAGAAGGAGUAUGUUGAAAUGGUGAUUGGCAACUUGACAAAUGUUCUCAAAGAAGUAUACAGAAUGGGAGGAAGGAAAAUUGCAUUUCAGAAUGCAGGGCCUUUGGGCUGCGUACCCGGCACAAAAGCGAUGAAACCUAGUCUUGGUGGAAAUUGUGAUGAAUUACCCUCAGCGCUAGCAAGACGACACAACAGAAUCCUGUCCAUCACCCUCAAGAGAUUAGAGAGCCAAUUACCUGGAUUCAAAUAUUCGAUAUUCGAUUACUACAAUUCGCUCUAUGACAGGGUUUUCAACCCUUCCAAAUACGGUUUCAAGGAAGGGAAGGCGGCAUGUUGUGGGAGUGGACCAUACAGGGGAAAGAACUGUGGAGGAAACAAUGGAACAGCAGAUUAUGAGUUAUGUAGCAACCCUAAUGAGUAUGUCUGGUUUGAUGGAGCUCAUACCACUGAAGGGGCUAAUUGGCAACUGGCCAAGUUGUUGUGGGAAGGGAGUCCCAAGGUCACAGGGCCUUACAAUUUGAAACAACUAUUCAAACAUGUAAAAGAAGACAACUUCGAUCCAUCUACAUUUCCUGAAGAUAUAUGAUUUGUUGUUUGUUGGACGAACUAAUUGUCAUCUUUAUGAUUAUGCAGAUUAUGUACGACUGUAUGAGGCUCUAUGUAUGAGUUUCUUCAUGACUAAAUAACAUUAUAGUUAGAGAUUAGUAUUAUGUAAAAGAUUCUCAAUUUUUUUUAUUUAUUUGGUAUUAUGUAAAUCCAAAUAUUAGAGAUUAGUUUAUGUAAA